GUCAGGUACAGUGGGUGGCUGUUGGUUUUUAAAAAUCGCAUAUAAUCUACGCUCAUAAAAAAAUGUUUAAAACCGGUGUUUUAUUAAGUGCGAUUUGUUUUGUGGGAGUUUUGGGGCAACUGAACGAUGUUUUCGAAUGGAAAGAAUUAAAUUUUGUUUGGCCCAGUGAGGAAGCAAAGAGCAACGCUUUAAAAAAUGGAGAUUAUAUUCCUGAUAACAAUUUGCCUCUGGGGUUGGCCAGGUGGAAGGAUAAAUUGUUCGUAACUGUUCCAAGAUGGAAAGCAGGUGUAGCGGCCAGCUUAAACUACAUCCCCCUUAACACCACAGAAAAAUCACCCACUCUCAUCCCCUAUCCCGAUUGGAAAGCCAAUCAAAUCCCGAAAAAAGGAGAAACUCCUGCAGACAACCAAAUAAUCUCGGUGUUCAGGGUCAACAUUGACGCAUGCGACAGAUUAUGGGUUAUGGAGACAGGUUUAGCUGAUAUUCUGGGAAACCCCCAGCAGAUCAUUCCAUCGUCAAUUGCCAUCUUCGAUCUUAAUACGGAUAAGUUAUUGAGAAGGUACAAUUUCAGCGAAAGUGAUAUAAAGGGGGAGGACUCGUUUUUCGCAAAUGUGAUCGUUGAUGUUACCAAAGACACCUGCGACAAUGCAUUUGCAUACGUCCCUGAUUUAGGAGGUUAUGGUAUUGUCGUCUAUUCUUUUGCUGAAGACAAAUCUUGGAGGGUUAAACACAACUAUUUCCACUUCGAUCCUCUAAAGGGAGAUAUGACAGUUGGAGGAGUCAACUUCCAAUGGACCGACGGUGUAUUUGGAAUUGCUCUUGGACCGAUUAACGAGAAUGGUUUCCGUACGGCCUAUUUCCAUGCCUUAGCUAGCUGCAACGAAUUUUCUGUUAGUACUCAAGUUCUGAGGAAUGAAUCUUUGGCAACGGACUCACACUCGUUUGAAUUAUACAAGUUGGAAGGCCACAAAGGGGAUAAAGGCCAAGCAUCGUCUUCGAGUUUCGACGAAAAAACCAAUGUUCUCUUCAUGACACAACUACAAAGAGAUGGUAUUGCUUGUUGGAAUCCAAGAACUAGACUUGAGGCGAACAAUUUUGUUCUAGUAGCACAAGAUCAUGAAAAACUCAUCUUUACCAACGACAUUUCCAUUGACGCUGAAAGAAACAUUUGGAUUCUAUCAGACAGAAUGCCCGUCUUCAUUUACCGACAGUUAGAUCCUAAUGAAAUAAAUUAUAGAAUUUUGAAAAUGUCAGUGGACGAAGCCAUUAAAGGAACCGCUUGUGAAGCUUAAAAUUUCAAACAGUAUUAUUGAAGAAAAAAAGUGAUAUAUUGAUUGUUUAUAGGUUUUAUUAUAAUAGGUAUAGAUAUUAGUGGAUUGUUUUUUAAUAGAUUUUUUUCAUAAACACU